GUUUGUCAACUAUGUGCAAUAUACGGAAACCUUCUUACGAUAGCAGCAGAGCAAACAGAAGAAGGAUGUAGCGAUUGAGUUCCUUUCGGACAUGUUCGGUCUCAAGUACCUGAGGAAUUACGUCGGAGAGAUAUCUUGGUUCGAGAGGCUCCCCUCGAUGACAGAAACCGAGUUGCAUAGCGAGGUUUCUGUAGGCACGACGGAAGGUCGGUCCGUCUCACCAGCAGCGUCAGAGGAUGGUUUAUUAGCACAUCAACCGAAUUUGUCGUUCGUCACUUGGGCGAUAAGGCGUAACCCAUUCAAGAGCAAGCACCAAUCCAAGGCUAGACGGGACCCACGCCUUGAAUCAGUGUUACCUAUGUUGCGCAAGAAAUGCCAGGCUCUUUGCACGGGGAAUGGCGCGACACGUCGGUAUGUCGACGAGAUGCGAGAAACGGAGCGUGAGGUGAAGUGCAUAUCACGAACACUGACUGCUGGGUUAUUCCAACACAUUGGUGCUACUUUCUUCAAUGCAUACAUGGGGCACGAGUACUCAGACACAAAUCAAUCGAGCCAUGUUGAUUACGACAGACAGGUUAAUACCCGUGCUAUGAUGGAAGAGCUAAGGGUUCUACGAGCGAAGUUCGAUGUAACAGAGGACGAUGAUGAACAGCGAGCACUGGAGGAGGACGUCGCAGGAAAGAUCCUGUGGCUUUGUUGGUGCGGUAUCUGUGCGGAAGUGGACCAAAUAUUGCCAGAGGUCGUGAGUUACAUUCGGGAAGAAGGAAAUUUAUUGGAUCAUGCUUGACGCAGGAGCGGGCACAUCAAAGCAUCAGUUGUUGCUUGCUUCCCAGGCCACAGAGCAGGUCAAGUGGUCAGCUACGACUAUGUCGCGGGGCACCCCCACUCUCGACACCCAAGCGACCAUCCGAGGUACAAACCAUCAAAUGCCUUCCAUAUCAGUAGUAUG